AUGGCCCCCACUGCCUCAGGCUCUCUUACGGGCUUCCCAAAUGCAAACCUCAAGCUCUGGCUGGUAGGCACUUUCCUCGGUGCCGUCGCCUACGGGAUUGUCAUCGUCCUCUGCCUUGGGUGCACUAUCAACUACCUACAAUGCAAGGCUCCUCGACGCGGAUCUCUAGACGUCGGGUACAGGAAGGGCACAUCGUUCGGUCGCUUCUUCCUCCCUUACAUCCUCUGGAUGUUCCUUCUCAGUACCUUGGCUGUCGUGUGCAGCUGUAUCGCCCUCGUAGACGUCCUUUUUCCGCCCCCAGGCGGCGCAGGUGGCGUCACGACGCGUUUCGUACGUUUUGGAGGUGUCGUGUCGCUGGUAGUUGCUUCAUGGGCGGCAGACGCCUUGGUGAUUUGGCGAUGCGUCAUCCUAUACGAGGACGCCUCUCGUGCUCUUCGGUCUUCGAUUGAUAUCCUCCUGUGCAUUAUGGCGUUAAUUUCGCUCGGGCUAGGUUUAACCUACCUGGCAACGUCUCUGACCGACCUGAACAAAUUCAUGCUCAUCUUCGUGUUGGCGACCUCCAUAUGCAAUUUUAUCAUGACAACGCUCAUCGUCCUUCGCCUCUGGUACCACCGGAGAUUUAUCCAAGAGGCGCUUGGUAGGGAGUACGGCUCGCCAUAUGCAAGGGUCAUCGCUAUAUGCGUGGAAUCCGCCGCACUGAUCGUCGUCUUCAACCUCGCACACGUAUGCGCCCACUUCAACUCUAAUAUUGGCCUCGUACUAUCACAUCAGCUCCUCGUGCAUGUCUACGGUAUUUCUGCUCUGCUGAUCCUUUAUCGUGUUCUCGAUGGAAGGAUCCGUGGUGGAGAAAUCACUUCAGAUGAAACUAAGCAUAACACUCAGCAUACGCGAUUUUCUUUACAUUUCAGCACCCGCUCUAGCAGUACUUGCGCUAGAAAUGAUGAUGAUUAUUCACCAUGA